AUGUCAGCCUUGUAUUCCUUCAUGCUCGACCGGUUCAAUGCCGGAGACUAUGACAGUACUCUGGUCAGCAAUAUUUUGAAGUUUGUUGUCAAAUUCGAGACUCUUGAUAUGGAAAUGCUGGAAAUGACCAAGUUAUCAAAGAUUCUACAACGCUUUGCCAAAAAGGCGACCAAUGAAUCCAAAGCAUUAGCACAGACUGUCCUUGACAAUGCUGCAGUUGCAAGCGCAAAGAAGAAGGCCGAUGCAAUCGCUGGCAAAGUUGCUUCUCCACAAACUAUUGAUAGUCCAGGGAGUGCGACGCGGAAGGACUUAGUCACAGGCACCAAGCGGAUAAGGGAGGGCGAGACAGCUUCUCAGCCAGCACCGAAAAAGGUUGCUAGAGUGGCAUCCAAACCUCUGGCAGUACAAAACGCGGAACGUAGAAAGGCUUUGGAAGCUAGUCGUGCGUUGAAGGAUGGCAUCAAAUCCAGUACAGUUGUCACAGCAGCAUCCACCGGUGCUAAAGGCAAAGUGGCAGUAGUAGCACCCCCAAAAUCUGCAGUGUUUUCAUCACUACUCUCAGCCUCCAAGAAGCCUGGAACUUCACUUGCAGCGCGAGCUGCGGCUGCUGCAAGCGCCAAAGAGAAGACACCCAGUACGAAUACAACCACCAACAUUUCCCAGGCCAAAGACAGUAUCAAGCGGGAUUCGCCUCCACGCAGUUCUAAUAUCACGGUACCAUUGGCCAAGACAGGCGCGUCCUCGUUUCUCGGCUUGCUAGCCGACAUUGAGAAGAAGCCAGAGAAGACAGUGAAAAAGGAGAGCGACAUACCCAACGAAACCCCAGAAGAAAGGGUAAAACGACUCAGAAAGGAGGAGAGACGCAAAUUGAGGGUCACUUGGAAGUCGGACGCUGAACUUGUCGAAACUCGUCUCUUCACUCACGACCCCAGUGAAGAGGUCGGUCAUAACGACAGCCAAAUGCGUGAUGCAGGUGAUUCAGGACGUGAAGGAGAAAUGCUGAAACUUCACCAAGGCAUGAACGACAUUGAUGAAGAGGAAGAUGAGGACUCUUUCGAUGAUUUUGAACCCUUCACACCGCCCUCUGAAAUUGAUUUCAGUGAAAUGGUUGGCGACAAUCCUGAUCUGAACCCAUCUCUCAUCAAUCCUAUUAAGGUCGGCGGACCCGUGAUACCAACGAGCCCCAGCAGUGAACUUCAAAACAAGCACGAAUUGGAAGCAGUCAUGGCGACUUAUGCAUCCAAAGCUGAUCGGCCCCCAACCCCCAAAGAACCCGACGAUGAUGAGGGCGACUUUGAGCCUGCUGAACCCGAGAUUCCUUUUGGUGAACCGAACGAGAAAGUCAGGACCCGAGAGAAAGAGUAUCUAGAUCAUCAACAGCGUUCGAGAUCUGGCAAUGGCAAGUUAGCACCUGGAAAUCCCCAAGUCCAAUCUGGCGAGAUCGGCACCGACCUUCAACUCUUUUUCCAGAGACAUAGCCAGCAAAAUCAACCUAACCAGCCAACCCCACCACCAGGAGGGGCUCAUGCAAAUCCAGCCCUCCUAGCUACAGUGCAGCAGAUCAAGCAGCAAUUGACUGGCCAACCACCCCAGCCACAAUACCAACAGCAAGUUCAGAAUACUGCUCCUGUCGUAGGCUUCGACCUGGCUGCAUUUUUGGCAACGAUGCAACAACAACCAGUUCAACCUCAAUCACAGGCCCCGGCCUUGCCAAUAGGCUUCAGUGGUCUUACAUCUUCAUUCGCUCCCCCACCUGAUGAUCCUUCUCGAAAGCACGCCAGGAACGAUUCGAACGACUACGACGACUCUACAAGAAAAGGCGGCAACAAGAAAAAGAAAGCUGGCUUCUCCGGUGAUCAGUCCAGACCAUACAAUUACAAAACGAUGAUUUGCACAUUCUGGGAGCAAGGCAAGUGUCUCAAGGGCGACAAAUGCACUUAUCUCCAUGGUAAUGAAUGA